AUUGUUUUGGCUGACAGCAGCAGAGAAAACACUGGUUCCUCUCAAAAUCGUCCCAGCAUUGCUAAAGGUUUAGUCACUUGCUUGUCAAGGACUGGUACAGGAAGGUAGGCAAACCGGAAAACCCAGUAUUGCACAGCUGAGAGUCAGAGUUCUCACGGCUAUGCAAAUCGAUACUUCCUCUGACUUCCCUUUCUCUGCAGCUAGGGCAACCGACUUUAUUUGUUCUUCCAAGGAAUUCCCCUAAUUUAACCGUAUUUUGAGACCUCUCCUGUGAACAAUAUCUCCACUCUUCCUGUUUCCAGCCUCGUGUCAGAGCUGCUACUGACCAUAUUUGCAGCUGAAACAAGAAGGAAAUGAGCUGGCUCCGUGCUCACUUCAGAGACAGAGGUCCUCGCAGAGGACCCUCUUCAGAGACAGAAGCAAUGAAAAGCCAGAGCUCUGCUCAGGAGCAUGAGAUUAUUGAAUUACGGGAACAUAACAUGGAGGAAGGUGAGACUGAUCGUGACAAGCCUCUAAAUGCUAAAAAGAGAAAGGAGAGAGAUCCUUGGAAAUCAUGCAGGAAUGUAAUUUUCUGGAAGUGUAAACUAUGGAUGGUUAUAUCUACGAUAUUUCUAGUGAUCUUCCUGGUCAUUCUCAUCAGCCUAAUUCUUUAUUCUAAUGUUUACACAGAUGAGGAUGACUUCUGGGAUCCUGAUGAAUUACUAAGCAAUGGAAAUUUUCACAAUUUUUCAGGAACAUUAGAGUUAUUGUGUGGUCUCCCACACUUUUCCUCCGAGGACAUUACUAAGAGGCUAACAGAGGUCUACAGCUCAUCUCCGGCUUUAGGACGUUACUUUAGGUCAGCUCAAGUGAUUUCUUUCAGUAAUGAAAGCUCCACUGUAAUUUAUCAGCUAGUGUUUUCUGUACCACUAUCAACAGAGGGAUUUAUGGAAAACAGUAUGAACCCAGAUUUUAUAAGGAACAUUUUACGUCAAAAUAUUUAUGAUGAAGAUACUCUUAAUCCUGGGACAACUGCAUGUGACAGGUUAAAGCUCGACCCAAUUUCUCUCACAUGUUUUCUAGGCAAUCACUACCAGCAACUAGGUAGUGAUUCCAAUUUGUCCUGAUACAAAUGCCCAUAUAAAAGUCCCAUGAGCUUUGAAGCUAUACUAAAAACAAUGCAUGGAGCUUCCUCCCCCCAGUGCCAAUUUACUGAACCACACCUAUGUGCUUUUAGAAUAAUCGUUGGCUAACAAUUCAGCAUUGCAGUGUAGGUAAGUAAGGUUUGCAAUUAACUCGUAUUGGUUUUUCUUUGGAUUCUUACCAAGGGACAAGAGAUCAACAGGUCAGGAGUUAAAAUUUUUAGAAGAAUUUUAUUCCUUAUAUAUUGACAGGAUUCUUAGAAAAAGUAGUGUAAAAGUGUUGGGGUCUCUAGCUGGUCAGAGUGACCCCGAGAAAAGUUCGAAAGUCUGCCUUCCCAGCCUCGCGCCUGAAGAAGGAGUCAGGGCUUUUCAUUUCUCGGUCUCAACGUUGUUUAUUCUAUAAAAUUUUUUCUCCAGUCCAGCCGAGGUCUGCUCAGCAGAACAGUUAGAGGCACUCUGCCUGCCCCCAGGGCAGUGUUAUCUUUAUAUAUUAAAAACUAGGUGUAAAAUAUUUACAAUUACUUUCCAAUACCAAUCAUCUAUGUUAGACAGUGAGCUUCUACUCUAAACCAAUCUAAAAGUGCUAACAUUACCAGUGAAGAUGGAGGUAGAGAAGAAGAAGAAGAAAGGCUAGACAUGCCCAAAUCCCUCCAUCUUGUCCCCAAAAACCCCUAUACUAAAAAUCCCAAAACCUACAUUUACACCCUGUGAUAACUUUAUUAUUACACUAUUUAAACUGCUGUGGCUUUUAGGUCUUCAUGUAAAGGUGGGAAUUUGCUCCAUGGUUCUUAAUCAAACCCACUGGUGUUCUGGGCUGUGUGGAAGUGUCUCAGAGCCCCCUGGCAAGGGUCCCGGCAACUCCAGACUCCCAAAGGGAUGUCCUGAGUUCUGGCAUAAAAGGAGACAGGAAAUAAUAUGUUGAAAUAACUGUUUAAAGUUUUGUUUUAAUAUUAAUAUAGUACUGUUUUAACUUUCAGAGAAAUUAUGGAAAGAGUCCUUCUUUUCAUCACUACCUAGAAGAGAUGCGAUUCCCUGUCUACAAGUAAUCCCAGGGCAGGGAACUAUUCAUUAGGUAGAAACACUUCUAAAAUUGUUGUCCUGUAAAUACUGCCUGUGGUGCAAUACUGUAAAUGGAAAAUGUGGUAUAUUUAUGACAGUGUUGUAUUGCUAUAGCACCACUACCUUCUUCUUCUGUAUCUCAGUAAUCCAUUUCACCCUUGAGAAAAUAAUGUAUUUGAUGCAUGCUCUGUUGACUUUGAAAGCUCUGCUUUGUCAUGCCUCAUGAUUAAAUAUUAAUGUUCUGCAUGAGCUUUGAAAGCAAUCUUGCACAUGGCUCCUUUCUUUUUCUCUUGUCUUUUGCAAAAUUAUGUAUACAGCUUCAUCCUCAAUGCUCACUUCCACUCAAAUUCAUAUAUGUUAUUUUUUCCCUCCAAACUUCAUAUGCCACAUUUACUUGUUGCUCUUUCCUUGUAAAACAGCCUGAAAACCUAAAUACAUACAUGUAUAUAUGUGUGUUGUAUAUAUAUGUGUAUUUGUAUUCUUUAAUUAAAUGCAAGGCCUUUGCACUAGCUUCUUAAGAAUGCUUUAGCUUUCAUAAUUUUCUUAAUCUUCCUACAGCCUCCUUGGAUGAGGUGCUCUUUGCUCUCUUUUUCUCUUCUUCAAUGUGAAAUACGAAAGAAGAAAGCAACAGCAUGAAGAGACGUGCCUUGUUCACUAAUGCAGCUGAAUGUCACAGGAAUAUUGAAAGGGUCGAAUUAGCAGUUUGCUUUUACAGUUAGCUACUGCUACUAGUGAAUAGACAGAUACUUGACCUGUUUUUGUAAAUCUGAAGACUAGUCUAUAUCCUUAAUUAUAGUUCCUGCCUAGCACUGUAGAUAAAAAGGAACAGAUGUAAGGUAUUUGCCUUAAUAAGCGAGUAAAUAGUUGUUCUUGUUGAUGACAGACUAGAGGAGAUUAAUCAGUGCCAAGAGGAUGGUGCUGGAGCAGAAGACAUAGGGCAGAGUGGCACAAAAGUUACAGGCAGUAACUGGCUAUAACAUAAAAAUUAAGCAUCACCUUUAUGCAGAAUGGAACAUAUUCGCUACCAUGUGAGUGAACUACAUCUUGUCAUUUAUUUAUAGUCUUAUAAAUGUUAGUACUGUUGGAUAGAACUUUUAUUUUAAGAAGCAUUUUGUAUUGUUGGAAAUGUCAUGGAAAAUUGUUUUUCUAAUAUUACUAGUUUAUUUAAGGAGUAAUCUGACAAUGUUAUUGUGCAUUAAAUUAUUUAUUUUUACUCUCAAAGUAUCUGUUUUCAUUC